AUGAAGACCGACAGAAUGGUUCGUGUCAACACAAGAUCGACUGCAUCAGCCAUGAGAGACAUCAUCACCACCGGGGUACUCGGCCACAUUGAAACCACGAUCCACAUUGGAACGAAUGUAUGGAAGCACCCAUCCACUGCCUCCAGCUGCCUCAAAGACUUCGGACUUGUGGAGAAAGAUUCUGGAGCGGCUAAUCCUACUCCAGCGACUUCUGCACCAACCAUGGCAACCUUGUCCACCAACAGUCUCCCGUUCAACCCCAGCACAUUGACACCGGAAGCACGUCGACGCUUCCAAAACAAGCAGGACACCAAAAAGAGCUACAUGACUGGAAUUGAGGCAUCGACGCCUUUUCCAUCUUCAGUUCCCAACGGCACCAAUCACUUCUACAAACUUGUCAACAACAAUGGACUUGUACUAUCAGACAGCACCCUUUACUUCAAUAUGGGAUCAGUCGACUCGAAGACUCUGGCAUGUGCAAACGUUGCGUUGGCUGACAAAACACCAUCUGGGAUUCUACAAUGGUAUUGCAUGUUUGCAUCGAUGAUGAACGGACAAGGCAUCUUCAUUUUGCCAUUUUACGGUUGUCGUCCAGGCCGUGGUGCAAAGGGAUUCACAAUCGGACUCUUAGAAUAA